AUGGGCUGGUUGGGACUGAUCACAAUUGUCCCGGGGCUGCUACUUGAAGUCUUUGGUAUCACGGAUAGUUCUCAUGCUUCUGGUGGUUGGGCAACGCGUUACAUCUACGUCACAUUCACUAUUGGGAGUCUCUUGUUAUGCACUGCUUUUUAUAUUGAAGGUUGGAUCGCAGAACAGCCCCUAUUGCCAUUUGACAUGUUCGCAUCGAAGUACAUGAAACCACUUUGUGUGUCACUCUUCUUUUCAUAUGGGGUGUUCGGAAUCUACCUCUUCUAUGCGAGCUUCUAUAUCAAAACUAUUAUAGGCGCAACUCCCCUCCUAACAACUGCUUGGUUCGCACCCAUGGCAAUUGGGGGCCUCGUUCUAGCCACACAGGAUAUCUCAUCUGUGCACUCCUUUUCGCUCUCAUGCCUACCAGCCCAAAUUUUUGGGGCUUGGGUAUUCCCUGCUAUGGUAUGUGCCACUAUUGGCAUCGUCAUCUCAUACAGUGUGAGCAAUGUGUUCAUCACUACCAGCUUGCCAAAUCAUCAGCAAGGAAUAGCGGGUGGUGGUGGUCUGAUCAAUUGUCUCGUCUUCCUGGGUAUCAGCUUCUUCCUCGGAUUUGCUGAUUUUGCCGUUUAG